UCUUAAGCUGGAAAGAGAAUUCUUGAGGAUGACUCCCAACAGACAGAAGUGAAACAUAAACCUGAGAGUGCAAAAGCCCAGAGUAUAACUUUUUGUGAGAUUUUUAGUUACUUAAACUCAUCAAGAACCAGCUACUCGUCAACCACCUCCGCACAAUGAGGGCUCUCUGGGUAACUGUUCUCCCACUGUUAGAGAUUUUGCAAAUUGUUCCCGUCUUUUCAAGCUAUCCAGUGAACUGCAGAUGGGGUUCAUUUGGUCCUUGGUCAGAAUGCGAUGGGUGUUCUAAAACUCAGACACGCAGACGAACCGUAGAUGUUUAUGCCCAGUUUGGUGGGUUGCCAUGUUUUGGAAGUGCGUUUGAAACUCAGUCUUGUGUUCCCACAAGAGGAUGUCCUAUAGAAGAUGGGUGCGGAGAUAGAUUCAGGUGUUUUUCAGGCCAAUGUAUAAGCAAAUACCUUGUUUGUAAUGGCGAUCAUGAUUGCGAAGAAGACAGCGCUGAUGAGGCACAUUGUGAAGAGAGAAAUGAAGUGUGUAAUAUUGAUAAGUACCCGCCCAACACAGAAUUUACUGGAUUAGGUUAUGAUAUCAUCAAAGAUGAAUUAAAGAAAAAUGUGAUUCACACAAAAAGUUUUGGUGGAAAAUGCCGGAAAGUAUUUAGCGGUGACAAAAAAGAUUUCUACCGGUUAAGCGACAAUGUCUUGACGUACACAUUUAAGGUAGCAGCAAAGAAUGAUUUUAGUUAUGACUUCUACAAUAGCAGCUGGAGUUAUAAAAGAAACACAGAAAUGCGUGUAACAAGUAACUAUGGAGAAAGAGCCAAUAACCCGACAUCAUAUGAAGAGAACAAGAAAACGAAUUAUCAACUUAUGGUUAUAGAGAAUUCUAUAGAAGUGGCUCAGUUCAUAAACAACAAUCCUGAGUUUUUAACACUUGCUGAACCAUUCUGGAAAGAACUUGCUAACCUGCCAUCAGUAUAUGAAUACAGCGCUUACAGGAAAUUUAUAGACAAUUAUGGAACCCACUUCCUGCAGAGUGGAUCAUUGGGAGGACAUUACAAAGUUAUUUUUUAUUUGGAUUCUCAAAAAAUGAGCCAAAAUGGGUAUUCAUUGACAGAUAUGGAAAAAUGUACAUCAUCAAGUUCUGGAUUUUUGUUCUUUAAAAAAACAAAAGUUGAAUGCAGAAAACUGUUUGAACUAAUAAAAUACUCAUCAGGAUCCACUGCUACCGAGCUUCGGGGAAGUGUAGCUGUGAUUGGAGGAGAUCCUAAAUUUGUUGCUGGGCUUAGCUUUUUCAACGUAGAUAAUCCUGCAGGGAAUGAACAGCGAUAUGCUUCCUGGGCUGGAUCUGUAACAAAGUUACCAAGCAUUAUAAAACGUCAGCUGACACCUUUGUAUGAAUUGGUAAAAGAAGUGCCGUGUUCUUCUGUGAAAAAGUAUUUCCUGAAGCAAGCAAUUGAGGAAUAUAUGAAUGAAAUCAGCCCGUGUAAAUGCAGACCAUGCCAGAACAAAGGUCAGCCGGCAGUUGAGGGAACACAAUGUGUGUGCUACUGUAGGCCUUACACGUUUGGGCCUGCUUGUGAAUUUGGAUUUUUAGCACAGGAUCAACCAGGGGUCAUUGAUGGAAUCUGGAGUUGCUGGUCUUCAUGGACCGCAUGUGUGAGAGGCUCUGGAAGGCGAACAAGGACUCGUACCUGUAAUAACCCAUCACCAAGUGGGGGUGGCAAAUACUGCAUAGGUGAAUUAACGGAAAGCCAACAAUGUGAAGAUGGAGAAUUGGAACAUUUUCGUACUGUGGAGCCGCAUUGUUUUGAUACCUCCAUAGCACCUACAAAGUUCUGUUCAAAUCCUCCACCUCUCGCAAAUGGAUUUGUUAAGGAUGCUGGUACUUCGUAUCCUGUUGGCAAACAUAUUGUUUACACAUGUGCUGAUGGAUUUACACUCAUUGGUGAGCCUGUUGCUAAAUGUGAGGAGGACUUACAAUGGCAUACAGAGUCCAUGGAAUGCCAAAGGGUCAUGUGCUUGCAUCCCAAUCUUCCUGGAGAAAUCAGACACUUUCCUGAGAAAGAUUUAUAUGAUGUUGGAGACAAAAUAAGUCUUCACUGUUCAUCAGGAUUUGAUUUAGAAGGUCCAAAUACUGUUCUAUGCUCAUCUAGCCUUGACUGGUAUCCCAACGUCAAAAAUAUCCAGUGUAAAGCAAAAAUUUCCUCAGCAACACCAAAACCUCCAGGACCAAAAUGCCAACCGUGGGAAGAUAUCCAGGAAUCUAAAUGUUCUUGUAAAAUGCCUUCUCAAUGCGGGUCAUCUGUUGAAGUGUGUGCUUCAGAUGUAAUAAGAAAAAAAAAUAUCCCUCUAACUGUCUGUAAAAUGCACGCGCUUGAGUGUAUGGGAAGAACUUACUCAUUGACAAAAAAAGAAAACUGUAACUUCCCAACCAAGGAAAGGUCAUGUGAUUCUUGUCAUUUAUGGGAAACUUGUAAAGAUCAAACAAAUACAUGUGUCUGCCGAGAAGCUAAAACUUGCAAAGAUGAAGGAAUCAGCAUUUGUGUCCAAGUUAAUGGCAACGCUUUAAAACAAACCAUGACUGAAUGUGAAGCCGGUAUUCUCUUGUGCCAAGGGGUGAAUGUAGCCAUUCUCAGCAUAAACCCUUGUGAUGUAUAGAGAUUACAGGAUUUUUAUUUAUCCUACAGUUAUAGAAAAUGUUGAAGCAACAACAUUUUAACAGUGCAAUUUUUUUUAACAAAAUAAUUUUGAACAAUAACUUUUUGCAUAAAUCUAAUUGGUUAAAAUUAUAUGUUUUGCAUUGUGAAGUGUUUGGAAUGUUUACAAAUAAAAGUGUUUUUUAACUACA